AUGCACUGCGCAGAGGCUGGGAAGGCUUUAAUUAAAUUCAACCACUGUGAGAAAUACAUCUACAGCUUCAGUGUGCCCCAGUGCUGCCCUCUCUGCCAGCAGGACCUGGGCUCGAGGAAGCUGGAGGACGCACCUGUUAGCAUCGCUAAUCCAUUUACUAAUGGACAUCAAGAAAAAUGUUCAUUCCACCUCAGACCAACUCAGGGAACAUUUCUUAGGGAGUAUGAUGGAAGGUCUGAUCUUCAUGUUGGAAUAACUAACACAAAUGGGGUUGUGUAUAAUUACAGUGCACAUGGUGUCCAGCGAGAUGGAGCAGGGUGGGAACAGAGCAUAAGCAUCCCAUUACUGCAGCCCCACAUGUAUGGAAUGAUGGAGCAAUGGGACAAGUACCUGGAAGACUUCUCCACCUCGGGGACCUGGCUGCCUCACAGGUACGAAGAAGACCACCACAACUGCUACACUUACACACUCACGUUCAUUAACUGCGUUCUGAUGGCAGAAGGUAGACAGCAACUGGACAAGAGUGAAUUUACGGAGAAGUACGUAGUCCCGCGGACAAGGCUGGCAUCCAAGUUCAUUACACUCUACCGGGCGAUACAGGAGCAUGGCUUCUAUGUCACUGACUGUCCCCAGCACGAGGCACAACCCCCUGAGGGUGGCGGUUUGUGCUGAGAGCUAUGUUAAGUGCAGCCCGGGCGUUGGGGUAAGGUGGUUGCUACCUUUAAUCAGUACUAUGGAUUUCUAAAUGCAUUUAACUGUGGUUAAUAAAAACGUGUAUGGGCCAGGUGUGGUGGCUCACGCCUGUAAUCCCAGCACUUUGGGAGGCUGAGGGAGGUGGGUCACCUGAGGUCGGGAGAUCGAGACCAGUGUGACCAACAUGGAGAAA